UGCAUUAUGGGUAAUAUCGAAGUAAAGACGCUGGUCUGGUACUAUUUCCUGUAGUCGCGCUGGACUAAGAAAAUAGGUUCCUUGCGCUCUUUUAUUACUGACCGCAGUUAUCUUCUAAGGCCGGUUUUGUAGUAAGUUGAAAGCUUUUUAUCGCGAAGGUUUGGCUGUUAAAGUAGACGCGAUGACGCAGAUGUUCUUGUUCAAAGCUUCUUUACUUUACAAAGACCUUUGCCCCGAGCAGUCGCGCUUUCUCAUGCAAAGGCGUCAGCUCAAUGCGCCCGCCCUGCCGGGGGCUAUGAUUUGCCCCUUCUGCUUUCAGUGGCGACAACUGGGCAAUCAUCACGUUCGUCUGCGGCCCAAGCGGAAGCCCACGGCGGCGAUCACAAGACUUUUGAUGAGAGAGGCGGCAGGGAAGAGACUGAGCACAGAACAGACCCUGGUCCUUCAAAGGUUUAAAAGGGCCUCCAAUGCUCUGAUGGCAACGUGUCACACCUGUAAUAAGAUGUCCAGACAACCUGGAAUGAAUCGGGAGCUUCUGACUUCACUGUCAAACUGCCGAAGUACCCCAGGAAGCGCAGGCAAACGCAGAACUCCACAGUCAGCCAACAGGUCUACUCCAAAAUCUCUGAAAGACAGAACACCAAAUGGCACACCUAGGUCAGUAUCUUUAGACGCCGGCUCGUCAUCUUCAAAGCCCGGCAGUGCGAAGUCAUCGCCUUUCGCCCGCCUCAAAAAGAUCCUGAUGCUGGAAAGCAAACAGCAGAGCAAGAAAGGUGGUCUGAAGGACUUGCUUUCAUAUCUCUGAAGAUCUCAGGGUCAUUAAAAUGAAAGACUUUGGCCCACUUUAAGUGGAGCUGAUAAGUUCAGAGCAGGAACGUGAUGGCGGUCCUUGUGUGUUACAUUGCCACCUAGUGGAGGAGCCGCUAGGCUGGAUUGUACUGAAGGACAGUUAAAUAGUGAAGAGAACAUCUCCUUUUCAUCCAUCAAGUGUCUGUUUCUGAAUCCAUGUGGUGUGUGCUACAGAACCAUGCUGUGACUUUUUUUAUUUGUGACGUUUUUUAUGUUCAUGAUCCCACAUACUGUUCAUUUCUGCACAAGGAAGAGUACUUUUAUAUGUCGUGUGUUUAAUGUUCAUUUUUGUACACUUUGAAUUCACACAUUUGUAUCACCAGCUCUAAGUUUGGAUCACUGAUAUUAAAAGGUUUUUCUUUACACUUGGCUUACACGCAGAUAUUAGUAUUGUUUUUUUUAUUAUUAUUAAAAAUUGUGCUGGCUUGUUUACAUCUGAUGGCGUAUUUGCUGUCAAUCUGUGUAGCAAAGACCAAAAUAUUUCAUACUAUUUUUUUUUCCUCAGUACAUUUAAAAAGAAAGGUGUUUUUGUCGUCUUUGAUCUUUGACAGAUCAUUUUUCAAUAAAAACUACAAUAUUGA